CGAACGCCUCGGCCGGCCGGGUGCACCCGGACCAUCCCGCCCGCCAUGUGGGGUCUCCUGUUCGGCCUGACUGCCUUCGCGCCUCUGGUCCGUCUGGGUCUGGGGGCACCCAGCACCUCAGUGCUGGACCUGGCGCCUCCCGCGACCACUACGGCUCCAGGUUCAGCCCGGGCCCCACGUAACAGCCUUGCACAGCCGCCUGCGAAGGCAAACGAGACCUCAGGACAGCAUGUCUGGAUUCGAGUCAUCAAGAAGAAAAAGGUCAUUGUCAAGAAGAGAAAGAAGUUAGUGCGCCCCAGUCCUCUGGUGACUGCCAGGCCUUUGGUGACCACCAGCCCAGCAGGGACCCUCAGUCUUCCUGAGAAACAAGAACCAGGAUGUCCCCCUUUGGGCUUGGAGUCUCUACGAGUUUCAGAUAAUCAGCUGGAGGCAUCCAGCAGCCAGUCCUUUGGUCUUGGACCACACCGAGGACGGCUCAAUAUCCAGUCAGGUCUGGAGGAUGGUGAUCUAUAUGAUGGGGCCUGGUGUGCUGAGCAGCAGGACACUGAGCCUUGGUUUCAGGUGGAUGCUAAGAAGCCCAUUCGCUUCUCAGGAAUUGUCACACAGGGCAGGAACUCUGUGUGGAGGUAUGACUGGGUCACAUCAUACAAGGUCCAGUUUAGCAACGACAGUCAGACCUGGUGGAGGAGUAGGAAUCAUAGUAGUGGAAUGGAUGCGGUAUUUCCUGCCAAUUCAGACCCUGAGACCUCAGUGUUGAACCUCCUGCCAGAGCCUCAAGUGGCUCGCUUCAUUCGGCUGCUGCCUCAGACCUGGCUCCAAAAAGGUGCACCUUGCCUUCGGGCAGAGAUCCUGGCUUGCCCAGUCUCAGAUUCUAAUGACCUGCUCCUUGAAGCCCACGCAAUUGGAUCAUUUGAUCCUCUGGACUUCCGGCAUCACAAUUAUAAGGCCAUGAGGAAGCUGAUGAAACAGGUGAAUGAGCAAUGCCCCAACAUCACCCGCAUCUACAGCAUUGGGAAGAGCCACCAAGGCUUGAAGUUGUAUGUGAUGGAAAUGUCAGACCAGCCUGGGGAGCAUGAGCUGGGGGAGCCUGAGGUUCGCUAUGUGGCUGGUAUGCAUGGGAAUGAGGCCCUAGGGCGGGAGUUACUUCUGCUUUUGAUGCAGUACUUAUGCCGUGAGUUCCUGCGAGGGGACCCACGAGUGACUCGGCUGCUUACUGAGAUGCGUAUUCACCUGUUGCCCUCUAUGAACCCUGAUGGCUAUGAGACUGCCUACCGCCGGGGCUCAGAACUGGUGGGCUGGGCAGAAGGUCGCUGGAACUACCAGGGCAUUGACCUUAAUCACAAUUUUGCUGACCUCAACACACCACUGUGGGAUGCAGAAGACAAUGGGCUGGUGCCCCACACUGUCCCCAACCAUCACCUGCCACUGCCUACUUAUUAUACACUGCCCAAUGCAACUGUGGCGCCAGAAACAAGGGCAGUGAUUGAGUGGAUGAAGCGUAUUCCCUUUGUGCUGAGUGCCAACUUCCAUGGGGGUGAGCUUGUGGUGUCCUACCCUUUUGACAUGACUCGGACCCCAUGGGUAGCCCGUGAACUCACCCCCACACCGGAUGAUGCCGUCUUUCGCUGGCUUAGUACCGUCUAUGCUGGCACUAAUCGAGCUAUGCAAGACACAGAUCGCCGACCUUGCCAUAGCCAGGACUUCUCCUUGCACGGCAAUGUCAUCAAUGGAGCUGACUGGCACACAGUCCCUGGGAGCAUGAAUGACUUCAGCUACCUAUACACCAACUGCUUUGAGGUCACUGUGGAGCUGUCCUGUGACAAGUUCCCUCAUGAGAAUGAGCUGCCUCAGGAGUGGGAGAACAACAAAGAUGCCCUCCUCUCCUACCUGGAACAGGUUCGCAUGGGCAUUUCAGGAGUUGUACGGGAUAAAGACACAGAACUUGGGAUUGCUGAUGCUGUCAUUGCUGUGGAGGGCAUUAACCAUGAUGUUACAACAGCAUGGGGUGGAGAUUACUGGCGCCUGCUGACACCUGGGGACUAUGUGGUGACAGCCAGUGCUGAGGGCUAUCAUACAGUUAAACGGAACUGUCAGGUCACCUUUGAAGAGGGCCCUGUUCCCUGCAAUUUCCUGCUCACCAAGACUCCAAAACAGAGACUUCGAGAACUGCUGGCAGCAGGGGCUAAGGUGCCCCCAGAUCUUCGAAGGAAGCUGGAGCGGCUUAGGGGACAGAAGAAUUAACACUUUCAGUUGAAGAAAGCCAGAUCCUUGGGCAGGCUGGACCUGUCAGACUGAAGGGGAGGAGGAGGGAGGGAUGGCAAGGUGGAAGAAGAGGUGCUGUAGCUUAUUAAAGCUACCUGGUAC